UCACUUAGCAACGGGGUGUUUGCUAGAUGGAAAACCUCAGGGCCCUUUCAUGCCUGUCUUUUUCCCUGCCAUUUUCUCCCAGUUUCACAAGCUACUGACCAAAGAGGAAGGCAAAAUGCCCGAGGAUCGGCCUCAACAGGUCGCUGGCCCCAGUGACCAUCAGGCUGGGGUCACUUCCCCACAAACCAGUGACUAUUAUCUGGUGAGUGAGAACUUACCAGCCAGAUUCAACCACCCUGGAUGUUUUCGAGGUUACAGGACUAAGGAAUCCCAUCCACUAUACAGGACAGCAAACCAGUCCUAUGGAAGCAGAGCCCCAACUGUUCACGAAAUGCCAACAACUUUUAACACGAUUCCACAUCACUUUUCCAGCCAACUUGCCACGUGUGGAAUGUACAGAAAUAACAGCUUUAACACCGUCUUGGAAAAAAGCUCUGUAACCGGCCCUGAUAACUUAAUCAGUUUUUACAAUCGGUUCAACUUUCAUCCCAGUUACAAUGUUAGCCAACCAUCUAUCUGUAAAUGAAAUCUAGUCUCCAGUCAUCAACUGGUACACCUCAAUUUCUGUCUGUGAUCAUAAUCCCUUAAUGGUAGCCUGCCCAGUCCAACAUCCCUUAAAGUUCCUGAGGAUUUUGGCAUCCUCAGAGUUAAACGUGCUAUAAUUCUAGGCAAAAAAUAAAACUGAUGUAAAAACAUACCUACGUUCCUAGUCUGGUUAAGAAGAAAACCCUGGAAUAAAGAACACAAGAUGGUUCAA